AUGGUGUUGAUGCGAAUUUUCCACUUCAAUGAUCCCUCCCCCUCCCCACUCCUCCUUUCCCCGCCGGAAAAUAAACCAUGUCGGCGGCGGAGCCCCGAGCCCCUCCGGCCGCCGCCACCGCCGCCGCCGGAGCGGCCUCCGCCGCUCGCUCUCCCUCGAGCCCGGCCCCUCCCCCGCCAUCGGCGCCGCCGCGCCCGCCGCGCCCUCGAUCUCUACGAUUCCGACGACGACCUGACGCUGCCCGUCCGCGAUCCGGCCGCCGCCGCCGACGAUCGGAUCGAGGAUCUCCUGGACGUCGACUUCGCUUCCGAUCCCGACUCCGGCGAUCGGCUCCGGAAGAUCGGCGGCGAGGGCGGUUGCGGCGUGGAUCUGUUCGUCGAGGAUCUGCAGCUCGCGGGCGGGGCGGAUUCGGCGUCGGAGGAGGUAAACGGGUUGGAUUUCGGGGUGAUCGAUGCGAAUGACGACGUUUGUAUGGAUAUUGUGGAUGUAGAUUUGCGGAUCGGGUUAGGGCUUGGCGUGGGUGGGAACGAGGAUGUUGGAUUUGCGGACGAGGAUUGUUGUGAAGAUGAGUUUUUUAUGGAGACCGGGGCUUCCGGGUUCAAUUCCUGCGAAGCCGGGUUGACGGCUUGCGAAAUGGAGCAGUGCUGGAGCGGUGUUCGUGAUGUCGAGUUCGAUUCCGAUUUGGAGUUGGCGGAUGCAUUGGGCGUUUGUGGAGUUUCAGAGGAUGAAUUGAGUUUGGAUCACGUGAUUGAUGAGGAUGACUAUUUCUGUGGCGUUCCUUUGUGUUGGGGUGAUCCCCUUCCAGUGGAAGCCGAUGGUGGGGAGGUCGAGGAUCUCGAUUUGGAGUGGGAGGAAGUCGAGAGUUGCGUCGAUGAUAGAGAGGUGUUGAGCUUGUUUGUUGAUGCUCUCAAUGAUGAUGGAUCCAUUUCUGUAUCUUCUACACCUAUUAUUGCAGAUGAAGGCGAAGAAGAUGCGAGUGUUGAAGUGGUUGGAGAUUUUGGGAACCUGGAAUGGGAGGUUUUGUUGAAUUCAGAUAAUUUAGUGGCAACGGCAGGAUUGAAUCAUGAGCUGGAAACUUACUUUGAUGAUGAUGAUGAUUACUUAUAUUCUGCAGAAUACGAGACCAUGUUUGGGCAGUUUACUGAGAAUGAGAGUUCUUUAGUGGGAGGGUCCCCGGCUUCUGAAGCAGUGAUCCGGAAUCUACCGAAGUUGGCUUUGACUCAAGAGGAUGUGGAUGGAAAGGAUGGGCUUUGUCCGGUCUGCAAGGAUGAAUUCUCGGCCGGGAACAUUGCAACGCAGCUGCCUUGCAGCCACAAAUACCACACCAAUUGUAUUUUGACGUGGCUGCACGUGAAGAAUACAUGUCCUGUGUGUCGUCAUGAAUUACCUGCUGAUGGUGCAGAAUCAUGA